AUGACAGCGGCUCCAAUAGAGCUGGACGUCACUCCGUUGCACAUGCUCCAUCAAGAUCGAUGGAUCGACUCGCCUCAAUGGAUCGACUGUCCAUUCUGUACGGAGAUAGCCGUGAUAAACGUCGAUAUAGAAAAUGAUACAAUGCAAGUGAGUAUGCUGCCUCUCGUUGUUCUGCGUAUGUGGGGAUACCCUAUAUACCCACUGCUCAUGCUCGAAUUGCCACGAGAGGCUUGCGACGAAGCCGUCCUGCUACAAUAUGCAGGUCUUUGGGCCGCAAGGCCCCCGACUAAAGAGACAUUGGAACUUACUGUGGGUUGA